UACUCAUGCAUGAAGGUGCAAAACCCUCUAAAAGCUGUGGGCGUAAAUAAUUAUUGUAGGAGGAGGUGCAGCAGACCACGUUUGAACAAGAGAUUGAAGAGAAAGAAAGAAGCUCGCAGUUUAUUUGUCUGUCUUUGUGAUGGUUGGAGAUGACAUUCUCCUGGAAGAGUUCCAGCCUAGCAGUCUUGUCAAUAAUCCUACAUACGGGAAGACGUUCUUAGCAGGCUACUCUGAUGGCUGCUCUUCAUCUGAUAGCUCUGACUACCUUUCAAUAUCUGUCAAUCCUCACUACCAGUCUGUUACAGAGAUGAUGGGGAAAGAUCAUGAGCUAGACGGCGUGCCAAUACCUGUGAAGAAGGCUGGAGUGACUGCUUCCGUUAGCUUCGUGGAUCCUCCAUUACAAAGCGAGGUGCACUCCCCGAGUCUCGCCAUUUUGAGUUCUUCUGCACCACAGCCUGUCACUAACCCACAGCAGUUAUCACUACGAGACAAGGAAGUGGAGGAAGAAAGCUCUCUUCCAGUGCGUACAGACUCUACCAACAGCACCAAUACUGCUGAAGAGAUGAUCUCUAAUCCACAGUACAGCUAUGCAACACAGCACACCAGAAGAGCUGUUUGGAUCACUUCAGAUUACGUCAAUUCUCCUCAUUUCAUUAGAGAGAGACCCACUCACAACUACUUACCUAAUCCAAUCCAGAGGAUAGACGAGGAGGCGGAGGAGUCAGUUAUGCAGCAACAAACUGAAGGAGGGAGUAGCACCAUUAAUUCACAGACCUCAGCUACUCGAUUGAUUUAUCAUAAGCGUUUAAGAGAUGCGGAUUCAUCUUAUCGUAUAAGUAAAGCAAAGUUUGAGUUGCUGCUGGUCAUGUUCGCUGUCCUUGCAAUCCUGAUAUCCAUCACAACUAUAUCACUCUCUCUCCUUAUUAUAUUUAAAGGAGAGAUGAGGACUCAAUCUUCGAACGAUGUCAGUACUCUUACCAUCACUCAGUCACCUCCUACUACUACUACUGCUUUUAGUGUGAAUCCAUUGGACAGUUGCCAGUGUACAGUAAACCAGACUGAUGAUUUAAAGUUAUCAAAUUCAUAUCUAUCCCAGCUGCUUUCAAUCAAAAACAUGAUCAACCUGUUGAAGGAAGAGAAGAAUAUGUCUACUAGUGAUGUAUUGAAACAGCUCAAGUCUUACAUGUAUCAGGUUAAGAUCAUUAAUGAAUCAUUACAGUCAUUGAUACCUGAGUCUAAUAAACCAAGAGUGCCUACACUAAAUGGAUUGAACCUAACAUCAUCAAUAACUAUCAAUCAUGGUGACUGUGUUGAUGAACUGUGGGAGUGUACACCUCACAACACACUUGCUCUUGCUGCUACUAAUGGAUUAGAUUUUGGUGUCUGUACUACAGUUUAUUCACCUUAUGCUAAUGAUACACAUGUAGUUGUUGGUGCCUCAUGUAACUUGCUUCCAGUACUACCUAAAAGAAUGUUCUCAGUUAUAGCAUUAAAAAGGAAUGCUGAUAGCAGAUAUGUAUCUGGAUUACAGCUGCUAAAGCAAUCCACCAUUGCUUGCCGUUGUUUCAACUAUAAUGAGGAACAGGCAUAUUGUCAUGCUUAUCUCAAGAAAUGUUCUUAUCAGCAAAAUAUACCUCAGAAUGGCAGCCUCUCUAUUUCCUUAUAGCACAUGCGAAUGUAGAGGUUCACAUUAUCAGGCCACACUUAUUUCAUUUUUGAAAUAUCACCUUUACUCUUUCUGUCAGUAGUGACAGGUUUUAUGUAUUAUAAUAAAGAUCCCACAAUAUAUUAAUUAUUAUCUAUCAUCAUAAAAAGGAGUGCUAUUAUUGUUACUACUGCUAUUGUGUAUCUUAUUAUCGAUAUAGUUUCUGGUGAUUUUGUUUUAAUUUUUAAUAAUGGAUAAUUCGUUGAAGAAUUUAAC